CAGGCCUACACCAUGAAAUAACGGUGAUUACACGGUGGUUGCAUCACAAUAGGCCUUCCCCUUUCCCAUUUCCUCCUCUGCGACUCUCUGUGCAGCUGCUGAGGGUCUGACAGACUGUCCCUUCUGUUGUGGAAAUGCAAAGCGUCUGAGGCAGGAGGCAGGGUGAAGGGGCUGGGCUGAUGACAGCAUCCUCUGCCGCUCAGUGGCUCCACACCUGACUGACUCCAUCAGAUGCUCAGAUGAUGGAGCUCUCCGCGCGGCCGGCUCAUCUGCUGCCACCAUUUCGCACGUCCACUUCCCGACACAUGUUCUCCAGAUGUCUUCAUCUGAUCUGAGCAUUUGUUGCCGCGGAUUUCGUUCAAGCCGCUGCGGUCACUCUUGGGCUUGCGCAGGUUCUUUAUAUGGAUUGUGAAUGCUGAGUGGUCGGAUCGAGGUGGUCUUUGUUUUCCUGGAAAAGCGAACAGGAGUGGACUGAUGCUGCGUCGCUGGUAAACACCAGAAAUGGGUGUUAUCCAACCAGGACUGUCAACGCCGGUUCGCUCUUGGACCACAUUUGCUUUUUUCUCCUGAUAAAACAUCUGCUGAAUCCGGCUCUUAUACCUCUACAAGUUGCUACACUGUGCAGGCUUCAGUCAAGCAAACAAAUGGUACAAUCAAUAGGCAGUGGCCAGCAUCUGCCAUAGGGAGGACAUCAAUAACACACUCAUACACCUGACCCCCUCAUCCACACGCCCUGGACAUGGCUCUGGAGAACUCAGUCUUCCCUUCCCGUCCAGACUCGCUCUCGCUCCCUGUGGAGGAGAAAGGGGAACGGGAGGAGGUGGAGGUGGCCACAGAAGCUACAGCAUCCACAGGGGUUUACAACCUAUCAGAUGAGCUGGGCCACGUCGUCACCACGGAGACCACACCGUCCCCUCCGACCUCGGCCAAGGUGAACAGGUCUUUCCAAGCCAAACUGGCUGAACGAGAAGCCAAAGCCAAUCAGGCCCGGAAGAAAGCCCAGGGGACGGAGAAGGAGAGGGGCCGAUUCGGCUGGGCCCGAGCUCGACGUAAGAGGCAGCGCUAUGUGGAGAAGAAUGGCCGCUGCAACGUGCAGCAUGGCAACAUGCGGGAGACUUACCGCUACCUGACGGACAUCUUUACCACACUGGUGGACCUCAACUGGCGCUGCUCGCUCUUUGUCUUUGUCAUGGCCUACGCAGUCACAUGGCUCUUCUUUGGGGCCAUCUGGUACCUCAUAGCCUACUGCAGAGGUGAUCUGGACCAUCUGGAGGAUGAGAAAUGGACACCAUGCGUCAACAAUGUCAACGGCUUCAUCUCGGCUUUCCUCUUUUCCAUCGAGACAGAGACCACCAUUGGCUACGGCCACCGUGUUAUCACAGACCAGUGUCCAGUGGGGACCAUGCUGCUGCUGCUGCAGGCUAUUCUGGGCUCUAUGGUCAACGCCUUCAUGGUGGGCUGCAUGUUUGUGAAGAUCUCGCAGCCCAACAAAAGAGCUGAGACGCUGGUGUUCUCCAAAACCGCCGUGAUCUCCCUGAGAGAUGACAAGCUCUGCCUAAUGUUCAGGGUCGGUGACCUGCGCAGCUCCCACAUAGUGGGGGCCAACAUGAGGGCCAAGCUCAUCAAGUCCAAACAGACUCAGGAGGGUGAGUUCAUACCUCUGGACCAGACCGACAUCAGUGUGGGCUUUGAGACGGGUGAUGAUCGUCUCUUCCUGGUGUCUCCUUUGGUGAUAUCCCAUGAGAUCGAUGCACAUUCACCCUUCUGGGACAUGUCCCAGGCCCAGCUGGAGAAGGAGGACUUUGAAAUCGUGGUCAUCCUGGAGGGAAUGGUGGAGGCCACAGGGAUGACGUGCCAGGCGAGGAGCUCAUACCUAGCAGAGGAGGUGAUGUGGGGUCACCGGUUCAGCCCCAUGAUGUCCCUGGCUGAGGGCUUCUUCGAUGUUGACUACGGCGCUUUCCAUCACACAUUCGAGGUGGACACGCCGUCAUCGUCAGCACGUGAGCUCUCAUUGGCCGCAGCUCGACUCGACGCUCACCUGUACUGGUCCAUCUCCAGCAGGCUGGACGAGGAGCCCACCCUGGCCAACCAAGCCACUAAACAGCCAGACAGCGGCUGUGGGGGAGAACCCACCUUUAUCGUCGGAGAGAUGACUGACAUCCAGGAGCAAUCGGGACUGGGCGAGCUGAAUGGCAGCGUCGCCACCGACCAAUCUGAAUCAGAGGCCUAGAUCAGAGAAUGUUUACAAAGACUUUCAGUAUUUCACCACAUCACAGUUAGUGUUUGCAGAUCUUUUCUUUCGGCAGUUGCAUAGUUUCUAGGCUGAGUUUUAUGGUAUAGGUCAUAUCUUAUGUUACCACACUGACAAUUAUUUUCUGGAUAUUUUUGUCUUUUAUUUCUACAUUGAUGUUUGUUUCAAGUGUAUGUGUGCUCUCUCUUUUCAAUUUGUUGUGUUAGCUCCAAUCACCCUUGCCUAUAUCUACAUUUAAAUAAGAAUACUAUGCUUUAGGUGGGGUCAACAAUAGCAUAUCCUGUAGACUAAUACAGAAUGUUACACAGGUUUGUCUUGUUAGGCAAAAUGAUGAAAGGGUCAUUGUUUGUGUUUGUGAGUGAAGUGUCUGGAUUGUUCACAUAUGAAAUAGGUACAGUGCAUAGAUGCUUUUUUCACCUGCGCAUGAAUAUCACUCGAUGAUAUUAAGGAAUAGACUAAAAAAUGGUAGUAACCUUGAAUUUCUUUAUCUAAGCUGGCAGGAGAUUAACAACAGUUGGUGCUUGUUUGAAGGGACUGGAGGGACUCUACUCUGCUGUGAUAGGCUGUUCGCUACACAACUGGUUCAUUAGCAGCUGUUAUGUCAAAAUAUGUGCUAAUACCCUCAGUAAGCUAAUCACAAGUCUACAAUCUUCUAAAGGUUGUAUUUGGACAGGUUGCACUGUCUGCUACCAGUCAGCAAUAGGGAUG